UAUUGAUUAAUAAAAAGUAGACAAAAGAUUGGAAAAAUAAACAGACUAUAAUAUGUUUCCUCAACAGUCCCAAAUUUUUCUGGCCCAUUGGUAUCAACUCAUUAUGGGCCUGGUCAGAUAGAAUGGUGCACAGGCCCAUUACUGAUCCAUCCGAGUUACUAGAGAAUUUCUAGCUGCCGAGAGGUGCUCGCUCCUCCACGCCGGAGUCGUUGUUAACCGGCAAACACUUCCUCUCUCUCAAAGAUGUCGUUUUUCCGACUCUCCCGUGUUUCACGGCGGUUGUUGAAACCAUCCGUGUCGGCAACUCCAUCUUCAAGUUCUGUUUUCCACUCUCAACAACAAAAUAUAUACUUGUCACAACCCAUUACUACUACUACUACACGGCAUUGCAUCAACACUUUGUUUAAGUAUCCUCUAUGGAGUCGUGACCACGAAGUGUGGAGUAAAGGGACGGACUUUCAUCAUGAGAAGCUUCUUGGCGUUGGCUGGAACUAUAGAUUAGUAGCUGGAAUGUCUUCGGUUGUGGAGGGGAAUCCUAAGAAAGACGACAAGGAGGAGAAGAGUGGUGGUGUUGGUGGUGUUAAGGAAGCUUCUAAUUGGGUUGAUUUGUAUUUGCCUGAGGGAGCUAGAGGUUAUGCUAAGCUUGCUCGUUUGGAUAAACCUAUUGGGACUUGGUUGCUUGCUUGGCCUUGUAUGUGGUCAAUUGCGUUGGCUGCUGAUCAUGGAAGCCUUCCGAGUUUUAAAAUGAUGGGUUUAUUCGGUUGUGGUGCACUACUUCUUAGAGGUGCUGGCUGUACUAUAAAUGAUCUGCUUGAUCGAGACAUUGAUACAAAGGUUGAUCGAACAAGAUUAAGACCUAUUGCAAGUGGUCUUUUGACACCAUUUCAAGGGCUUCAGUUUCUUGGGCUACAGUUGCUUUUAGGUUUAGGGAUUCUUCUCCAACUUAACAAUUACAGCCGUGUUUUAGGGGCUUCAUCUUUGUUACUUGUCUUCUCCUACCCACUUAUGAAGAGGUUUACAUUUUGGCCUCAAGCAUUCUUAGGUUUGACCAUAAACUGGGGAGCAUUGUUAGGAUGGGCUGCUGUUAAAGGAAGCUUAGAACCAGCUGUUGUUCUCCCUCUUUAUCUCUCAGGAGUCUGCUGGACCCUUGUGUAUGAUACUAUCUAUGCACAUCAGGACAAAGAAGAUGAUGUGAAGGUUGGUGUGAAGUCAACAGCUCUUAGAUUCGGUGAUAAUACAAAGCUUUGGCUAACUGGAUUUGGCACAGCAUCCAUGGGUUUGCUUACACUUUCUGGACUCAGUGCAGAUCUCGGGUGGCAAUAUUACGCAUCACUGGUCGCUGCAUCAGGACACUUAGGAUGGCAAAUAGGGACAGCUGACUUGUCAUCUCGCACUGACUGCAGUAAAAAGUUUGUGUCGAACAAGUGGUUUGGUGCUAUUAUAUUCAGUGGGGUUGUACUCGGAAGAACUUUUCAGUAGAGAUCUAUCUGUUAGUGAAAUAGAGGACAUGGCCACCCUCAGGCUCCAAAAGCUAAAGGCGCGUUUUCCAAAACUAGGAAGAAGCCUUUGUCAUAUAAGCGUUGACAGAGUAACCCUCUGGACUGACUCUUUUCUCAUUAGUUUCUGGUUCUGUUAAUAGGAACUGGGAGUCAUGUCUUUGUUUACAAGGUUGUUUGCUUAUCCAUACUCGUUCAAAGUGUUGACACUUGACAGAGUAAACAUCUGAACAGAAAAGAGUCUUGCUUUAAAAUAGUUGUAUCAAUUAUUUGAAAGUUACAGGAUUAUUUUCCCCUAUUGGUUGUAUAAAUUUAUUUUCAAUCUCAAA